CUUCUUCCUCUUCUUCUUCUUCUUCUUCUUCUUCAUCUUCCAAUAUUGCAACUUCGCCAAAUCACAGAUAUCUUUUGAUUUAAUUCAUCACAGAGGUCAAUCGAGCAAUGAUGUCGACGAUUUUAGACUGAAGAAGCUUGCAGCUUUCCAAAGAAAGGCUGUGGAGCACGCAUUUUCCUCUGCUUCUACAGAUAUGUGAUUCGAGUCCCUUGGGAAAACACAUAUCACACACUCGGCAGCUUAUAAUCAGUGGAGAGAAUAGUCUACAGCACUUGCUCCAUCUACGAGGUCGAAAACUACGCAAUCAUCAAAUCAGUUCUGUCUCUGGCUUCUUCUUUUGGAUUCCAACUUGAAGCUCCCAUUCCUCAAUGGCCUUCCGGUCUCUGAAGGCUACUCAACUGAGAGAAUUCGAGGCAACACUGAGCAAUUCCCCAAAAGACCCAAUUGCUCUUGAGGGAGCUGCUGUAACUUUGGCUGAGUUAGGAGAAUAUACUCGGGCGGCAUCUUUGCUUGAGAACUUGACAAAGGAGAAGCCAAAUGACCCUGAUGUUUUGCGUUUGCUUGGAGAAGUUAAAUAUAAACUAAAGGAUUAUGACGGAAGCGCUAAUGCAUAUGAAAGUUCUGCAAAGGUGUCUAAGUAUCUCAGUUUUGAAGUUCUACGAGGCCGAGUAAAUGCAUUACUUGCUGCUCAGAAACCAUAUGAGGCUGUACGGUUCCUAGUUGCUACCCGAGAAGACCUAACUAAGGAAAACUCAAAUGCAAAAGCUGACAGAAGUACUGAGGACUCAGAAAUACAGAAAUUAGAUCCUAUUCAAGUUGAUUUACUUCUGGGGAAAGCCUAUUCAGAUUGGGGUCAUAUUAGUGAUGCUGUAUCUGUCUAUGAUCGGAUUAUCUCUAGCCACCCUGAAGACUUUCGCGGUUACUUGGCAAAGGGAAUUAUUUUGAAGGAAAAUGGGAACAAUGGAGAUGCAGAGAGGAUGUUCAUACAAGAAAAAAAAGUGUUAUAGUUUCAAGUAUAAAGUUUGUUGCUGUUAUCUACAGGCACGGUUCUUCGCGCCGGAGAAUGCCAAGGUACUUGUGGAUCGCUAUUCCAGAAGAUGAGGCACCAUUGUCCAUUGCUGCUUCUGUCUGUCUGCGUAAAGAUAAUGGUAUGGCACUGAGUCUCACUAUUACAUAUCUUCGAAGAAGUAUGUUUCAUACUUGUGCAGUUUUGACCAUGAAAUUUCAGAUGAAAGUUCUUCAAGAGACCAUUAACAAUAUUAGAAAAAAUUCUAUUAAUGACAAGGUUGAAAGUGGUUUUUUGUUAUUGUCUCUUGAAGUAUAAGCUGUCAAUGAAGAGUAACAUUAAAUUUUAAUUAGUAGAUAAGGGAAUGUAUAAAUUGUUUUAUUAGAAUCAGCUUGUAUAGUUUCAUAACUAAGUUUAAAUUCUUUGUUUGGAUGUA